AUGCGCUUUCUCAGCCUUUCUCUAUUACUGGUGGUGGCCGCGUUGGCCAUUGAGAUUCCAAUCAGACGGGUUCAACGGAAGGAAAGCGGUUUUUCUUCAGGAAUUCCAAUUGAUCUUGACCCUGGUUCAAAAGCAUUUGUUGGCGUAGUGUCCAUUGGGAACCCCGGACAAGAUAUUAAUGUUGCUUUUGACACCAGCACUUCUGCCCUCUGGGUUCCUGAUGCUUCAUGUUCAUGUGGAGCUCAAUGUGGCGAUGGUAUGUAUAUACAUAUGAUCAUCAAAUAUCCUUUAGAAAAGCUGUGCCCUCACCUCUGUGCUUCUCACUGCUGCGCCAAGAAACUCAGCGACGAAAAGUCUUCCGGAUCAUGCUCAAACAAAAACGUCUUUGACCCGGAGCGAUCAAGGAGCUACGUGAAGGGUAAUUUCCAAAUUACAAAAGAUAUUUCUAACCUUGUGAUGUGAGCGUUUCUCAAACAACAUCAUUUUAUUUUAGGAACCGGCUCAUCCAACUUGACGUUCUUGGGCUCCACGAUUCAAGCCGCUCUUGGGCAUGACACCUUCCGCCUUGGCACUCACUAUCGUCCUGGCCCUACCGCCAACAAUGUUCAAUUUGGCGUUGUCAAGGAAUUCAGCAAGGCCUACCAACACGUUAACUACGACGGAGUCUUUGGUCUUGGCUUGGCCUCCAAGGAUGGAGUCCCCUCCCCCAUCAAGCAGCUGGCUGAUCAUGGAGUGAUCCCAUCUCCUUUGCUAUCCGUCUAUUUCUUGCCUCAAACUCCCAACAAUGUUGUUGACGGAGUUCUUACUGUCGGACAGUUGGACAGACAGCGUUGUCUUCCAGCCACCCGAUUCGUUAACGUCGAGAAGGAAGAAGGAUGGGUCUUGAGUGCCACCGCCUUCAACGUCACCGAUAACUAUGGAGUUAAAAACGAAUCUUGGCGGGUAUGAUGACAGCAUGUUUCAAGGACCUCGAUCUAUACUUUCACUGCAGUUCUAAUUUAUAGAUUUUAGGGAGUCUUUGACUUCGGAAGUGACUACUUCCAUAUGCCAAGAGUGGCGAUUGACUUGCUUCUCAAAUACAUCAACGGGAGACGUGACAGUGAAGGCCGUUUGCUCUUCUCUUGCGGUCGCGGUUUUUACUUUUACUUCAACGUUGGCGGUGAAACGAUUAAAGUAUUAGGCACGCCUCUGUCAACUCCAUACGCUGGGGGCAAUUGUCAAUUAAAGAUCAAGGAAACUGAUGCUAAGGACAAAUACGACUUCCGCUAUGGCCUUCCAUUUUUUACGCACUACUGUGCUGUUUUUGAUUACAACGGCCGACUGGCGUUGCCCAAGAAAAAAGGUGUAUUUAUUUGA